CUUGUAAGAAUUAACAAGCAAACAUACAGAGACGUAACAGUACUUUUGUCAAACUCUUAGAAAUAAAUGCUAAUGCUCAAGUGGUUGGUGUAUCCAACAUUACAGUCAAAACCCUUUUGCAUAUCAUUUGUACUUUGCCACUAUGUAGGCUGAGACUGAAAGAUCCUUUUUCCAGACUCUAUUGCAUCAAGACUUAUCUUUGUAGCACUUGAAUAUAAGUUAAAGAGGGAAUUGAUGAGUUACUUUUUAGCCUUGGAGUUCUUUGUGGAAUACAUGACAACCUCGGGAACUUUUUUGCUUGUAGCCCUCAUCAUCUGUUGGUAUUUGAGCUUACAGUAGGAAUGUCUAGAAAGGAUGCUGGAGAUGGAGUAAAGAGUUGUGAAAAAACCACUUUGCAUCACUUAUUACCAAAUUCAGAGUGUCUUUCACCUCGUGAAGUUCUUUCUAUAUAUCAGCAGAAACAAGAAGAUCACAAUAAUCUAACUUCGUUAAUUUUAAUGGAUGAUAAAAACUUCAGGAACCCUGUAUUUCAGAGGCCUUUUCAUUAUUUGAAACACUAUGCUGCAGGCUGCAAUUUGGACAGUGUGAAUGCUUUUAAUCCUGAUGAAGUGAAAGGCACACAUGAAGAAUGUCUACUUGUCUUGCUUAAACAUUUUUCUGUGAUGAAUCCAUCUUGGGCAGAACUGUACUUUUUUUUAUCUUUCCUUAAUCAGCAGCUUCAAGAUUGUGAAAAUUCAGUUUUCUGUGAUCCACAUCAUGUAGGAGAUGUGUUACAUGGAUUUAGAAAUUUUGUUGUUGGAUUUAUGAUUCAAAUGUCUCGAGACUUUGUCACACGUUCUCUAAAUAUUUCUGACAAAAGUUGGGAUGAAUCAGAAGAAAUAACAGACUUACACCAACUACAAGUAGAAGACAGACAAAAGUGGGAGAAGUCUCCUCAUCCAUACAUUUUCUUUAACUCAGAUAGAAUUAGUAUGUCCUUCAUUGGAUUUUUUGUUGAUAGGCUAGGAAACUCUUCAGGCCUUGGCUACCAUAUGCAUGUAGAAGAAACAAAGGAACUAUUUGGAUCCAUCCCACUUCGACAGUUGGUGUAUCGGGUUCAACCUCUCCCAUCAUCUAUGAUUUGUUUAGUUUGGGACUUUGGUAAUAUAAAUGGCCAAGAAGAAAAACUAUGCAUCAAUCAGAUGUCUCUUGGUGUUUGUUAUUAUGCUCGUCUUGAAAAAAGAAAAGAAUAUGUUAAUUACAUUGAUGAGUGUUUGGAAAGAGAGAGCACACUGAGAGAGCAACAACUAUUAGAGAAGAAUUUAAUAACUGAAAUUGAAGCUUGUCAAACAGUCUUUCUUGAUCAGUUAGAAUUAGGAUCAAAUAUAGCUAAGAAUCUAGCUUUAAAAGAAAAUGUAUUCAUGAUGAUUAUAUGCAUUGAGCUACGCAUACCACUUUUUCUUGUUGGAAAACCAGGUACCUCAAAGUCUCUUGCAAAAUCAAUUGUUGCUGAUGCCAUGCAAGGAGAAAACUCAAAAUCUCAACUGUUUCGUCAGUUGAAACAUGUUCAUAUGGUGUCAUUUCAGUGUAGUCCACUGGCAACAGCAGAAGGGAUUAUUAGUGUUUUUCACCAGUGUCAAAGAUUUCAAAAAGAGAAAGAUCUCAAUAAAUUUGUGUCAGUGGUAGUCCUUGAUGAAAUUGGACUUGCUGAAGAUUCUUCUGUUUUUCCAUUGAAAGCACUUCAUCCUCUUUUGGAAGACGGUUGUUUAGGUAAUGAAGAACCAACACCAGAGAAAAAAGUUGGAUUUAUUGGGAUAUCUAAUUGGGCAUUAGAUCCUGCUAAAAUGAAUCGGGGAAUAUUUGUGUCAAGAGGUAAUUCAACAAAAGAAGAUCUUAUUGAAAGUGCUGCAGGAAUUUGUAAAAGUAAUAAGAAUGUGUUUUCUAGUAUUCGGGGGAUUAUAAAAGACAUUGCUGUAGCAUAUCUUGAAAUAUACAAAAAACAAGAACAAGAAUUUUUUGGUCUCAGGGAUUAUUAUUCACUUAUUAAGAUGGUUGUUGGAUUUGCAAAAAAGAGAAAUGGAACACCAUUACCAGAAGAAAUAGAGCAUUCUAUCAGAAGAAAUUUUGGAGGGCAUUUAGAAAAGAAUGAUCCAGUAAUGAUGUUUCUGAAAGCUCUAUACAUAGAUCCAUCAAAUUCUUGUGAUGGAGCAGAAGCUCCUUGUGACUCAAGAAGACUUAUUCAGUGUGCUUUGAGCUGUGAUCUGAUGAAAGAAGAAUCCAGGUAUCUUCUGCUUUUGACAAAAAACAAUGCUGCACUCAGUAUUAUUCAGAAUCAACAAAUGGUUGACAUGAAAAACACAGUUAUCAUAUUUGGGUCAGAAGAAGUAGUAGUACGUGAAAAGUUUCCAAUUCCACUGAUCAAUCGUUUGGAAAAACACUUCUUGGCUAUGAGUACUCUGUUAACCUUAUCCCAAAACCUGUUGUUGGAAGAGUUGCAGAAUUGGGUGAAUCAGUUCUCAAGUGUAAAAAUUGAAAAACAGUCCUUUUGUGGGAAGUCAAGGGAGUUUAGUGCUGUAGAUGUGUUUGUGGGUUUUCAUGGUGAUGCUCUUGCUUCUAUAAUUCUUCAAGGUUGUACUUUUCAUCCAAGAUGGAAGGACUUGCAGGAAGAUGAUGACAGGAAACAGGCCUUAGAGUGGGUGAAGUCUCAGCUUCUUCAUUGUUCAACCCCUGAUGGUAUUGUACGCCUUCAAAAUACUCCUUUAUGUGAAGAAAAAGAUUACAUUUGGGCUGAAUAUUUUCACAAGCAAAACCAUGAAAGUUUGUCAAAAUUUCUAGAGAGUGAAUUAAAAGAAACCAAUAGAAAAUCAUGUUUAAUGCAGAUAACUACCCAUUCUAGAUUGUUGUCACUAUCAGAAAUUCUGAGAUUAGCCAAGAUAUUAAACUUGUCACCUUCUUGUAUUACACUAUUACACUUGUUCCAGUUUCCUACAGAAUUGCACUUUACAAGAAACCUUAGGGAUUUUCUUUGCAAGGCUCAGAAAGACAAUUCUGCUUUGUUGAUCAUACAAGGGGAAUUCAAUUCAGCUUCUGUCAGUGUUUUGGAAUGUAUGCGCUACUGCAUCCAGAAAAUUUCCAUUGAGUAUCCUGAAGAAACGAGAGGUCAUAUUGUACUUUUGUUACAACUACCUAGAAUGAGUUCUGCACCUUUUAUUGGGUUUCCAGGUGGCAUUUGGACUUCUGCUCAUUUAGAUGAGCUGAAAUCAGAGUCUUUGGGUCACUUCUGUAGCAUUUCUAAUAUGAAAGGAAAAACUAUCAGUGAAAUAUUCAAGGAAAAUAUGCGUAAAAAGACAAACAUAGCAUCCCUAAAUAUAUUUGAAUUAAUUUUGAGCUGUAUCCAGCAGGCUGUGGCCAUGUUAAAAUAUGAUCUAAAGGACAGGAAUGGAACAAAAUGCAUCCACACACUAGUCUCCUUACUACGCAGAGAAAAUGUAGAGGAAUUCUCAACUUCAGCAAAGUUCUACAGAAUUCUUCUUGAACGACUUCAGCUUUUACUGACCCAGAGAGAUGAAGUAGUUGAUAAACCUCAGUGCUGGCUUAUUGCAGUAGCAACUUCACCUCAGAUGCUUCAAGAAGGAGGCACUUUUAGACGAGCUGUAUGGCAACAUUUGCAACAAGUAGUGGUCACAUUAUUUGCUGAGAUAAUAAGUCAAGUAGACCAAAACCAAGGAUUGAACCUAAUUAAUGAAGAGCAUCCACUUUGGUGUCAGAAUUUAUGGCUGUCGAUUUUUGGUAAGCUGUUGCAAUAUAACAUCCUUUUGAAGUAUGUAUCUCAUUGA